AUGCUCACCGAGUACCAGAAUGUCAUGAAACCAUCCUAUCAGCAACAUCAGCAAUUGGUGCGUAAACCCACGCCAACGCUGACGUUGAUGGGCGCCAACGGAAGCGGAAAUCGCAGCAGUUACUCGGAAAUAAGCGAUCGGCUGAGCAUAGCGGAGAGUGUUGGCGGCAGCAGCGGCAGUUGCAUGUCUGGCAGCUUCACUAAUAUGACUGGCAAUGCGUUGGAUGCGAAACAGAAACUGCGCUUGCAACAACAAUUACAGCAGCAGCAACAGCUGGUGCAACAACAACAGCAGCAGCUGCAGCAACAGCACCUGCAGGCGCAGCGGCAACACUCACAGCCCGCAAUGGGUCAGUUGGCGCACCUACAUCAACAACAACAACAAAUGCAGCAACAACAGCAACACAUGCAGCAGCAACAACAACUGCAAUUACAGCAAAUGCAACAGCAGCCGCAGCCACAGCAACAACAACAACAACUGCAAUUACAACAAAUGCAACAACAACAACGCAGUUCCGGCGACAUAUCGCACUUGCAACACAUUUCAACAGCAGCAACAGGUCACACUGCAACAACAACAACAAUGAAUGGCAGUGUCAGCGCUGGAGAAACCGGCGAGCAGCAGUCGAAGCCAUCAGCAGCGCUUGCAACAACUACAACAGCUGCACCAGCUACAAUAGCAGCAACAACAACAGCCACACCAGCGAUGUCUGUGAUGACGUCGUAUGAGAAUCUUUUGCGUCCCAUCGCCUUCAAGCCAAUCCCCUUCGAGCCGGACUACAGCUUACAGCACGGUCGUUAUGUUGCCGGCGAUGUGACUGCAGCGACAACAACAGCAGCGGCGGCGACGACGACAAAUGUGGCGACGGCAGUUGUGGGCGAUCGUUAUGGCUCUACGCCAUCUCUGGCAGCGGCUCAGGGUUCGAACAAUAUGCGUUUUGGCAGCACGUCUGAUUUGCGGCAUGGCAGCGCCGGCGGUGGCAGCGGUGCUGGUGUCGGUGCUGGCGGUGGUGUGCUCGGAGGAGGCAUGGCCGUUGGCGCUUAUUCAAGCAAUAAUUAUUGCAACAGUCUCAUGGCGCGCCGUCGUGGUUCCAGAUCGUUGAAAAUCAACGAUAGCAUGGAAUCGAUUCGGCAUACACCGGAUUCGGACGCGAAUAGUCAAAGUAGCACAAUCAAAUCUGCGACGGAGCCUUGCAACAACGCCAACAACAACAGCAAUGGUGCCAGCAAAACGCUAUGCUCGGCGGCACAAGCAACUGUUUCAUUGGCGUGGGCAGCACAGCCCGGCAGUGGCAGUGGCAACUCGAGUGGCAGCACCGGCAGUAGCAGUGGGAAGUAUCUGCUGAAAACGAACAAUUGCGAUAUGACGCCUUCACCGUCCGACUCGGGCAUAUCAGACUUGGAAGCGGCGCUUAAGGAUCGCGAUUCGGGACCUCCUACACGCCAAACCAUUGGGCACAACAGGAAAGUAAUAUUCCGAGUACAAAGGACAAAGAACUUCUGGGAGCAUGGACAAAAGCGUCUGAAGACGUUCUAUGAGGCUCAGCAACGUGAAUAUUUAUUGAAAAUGAAGAAAAUGGAGCAAAUGCUGGCCAUGCAACAAUUCCAGUUCAAACAGCACAAGCUGCGGCAUACCGACCAAUCGAAUAAGCUGCGGGAGCAGGUGGCCGAUUUGAAGAAUGAAAAUGAGAUUUUGAGAAGCACCAAUGGCAGCUUGAAGAAUUCCGAGCGUAAUCUCAAGGACAGCGUCGCUUAUAUUGAAGAGCAAUUGCGAGAAUCGGAGAACACCAUCGCCGGCAUAAAAGCGCAGUUAGAGGAGAGCGAAUGGAAAGUUUGCGAGCGCAAUGGCGAGCUGGCGCUGCUCAAAUCGCAGCUCAAGGAAGCAAAUGUCGAAAUCACGCUGAAGGAACACGCCAUCGUGCAUCUGCGACACGAGAACACCAACGCGGAAACGCAAAUCUACGAAAGUCUGCAGGAGAACCAGAAAAUGACGAAACAACAGAAGCAAGUCGAACAGCAGCAGGCGCGCACCGACAAGCAAGCCGAAAGCGAACUGAAGCAGCUGAACAAGAUCAUCAUACUCAAGGAUCAGGUGAUACUGGCGCUCACCAAUGAAUUGGCCAAGCUGCGCAAAGAGCUCUCCGACCUGGCGAUCUUCCAAGAGUACGGCGAGGAGCCCUCCGGACGCUUCAUACGCCUCAAACAGCAAUUGGACAACCUCACAGACAUUUGCAAUCGCACGCGCCGCCAAGCGCACAAGCCGGAAAUCACGGCGGUCAAUGGCGCCAAGGAGAAGGUCAUCGACGACACCAACCUGGAGUUGAUAAUGAAUUGCCUGAAGAUCGCGCCGCCACUCGACGACACCGACGAAAGCGAAAAUGAACGCGAACGUGCACAAAGCAAGCAACGCGCCGAGAAGCGUUUGGCCAAAAUGUCCGCUGACAUACAGAACUUCGUCUACGGCGCACAAAACCUGCCCGACAUAGCGAUGAAUCAUCAGACGACGCAUAAACCGCUCAAAUACACACAGUCCAAUCCGAACAAGCUGGAGGAGUCGACGCUGGACACGCUCAUCGAAGAGUCAGCGAGCUACGCCGAGGAGAUCGCCAAGCUUCGCAAACAGCUGGACGAUGUGCGCGUCAAUUUCGAGCUGGAGAAGCGCCAGUGGUGCGAGGAGCGCGAGAAGGUGCUGAACUACCAAAAACAACUGCAAGCGCACUACAUCAACAUGUAUCAGAAGCUGCGCAGCCUGGAGGGUACCAAUGAGGUUUAACCACGCCACCCAGCGCCGGGAAGGCAACAACGCUGCAGUCGCUUUUUUAGAAACACACACAUUCAGUUCAUUUGCUUAUUUAUAUAGUAGAAGCCGUAGUUAAUUUGUUAAUUGCUCACAUUGUAUGCAUAUAUAGUUUAAUUAUUAUAUUGUUAUUGUAAUUUUAAAAAUGUCAACUAACAUACCACACACAUAUAUGUAUAUGUAUGUAUUUGAACAUAUUUAAUGCAAAAUAUUUAUUGAAAAUGUUAUAUGCACUCAAAAGCAGAAAAAUAACACAACUGCGAAAAGUACUAUAAAAUAAUAAUUUAUAACUGUACUCCAUAUUUGUGCAUAUAUUUUAAGCGCACACAUAUCAA